AUGGAAGGACAACAGCGCCGUGGACAUCAGCCCUCAAGCAGCACAAGCUCACCAAUGCAGCUCUUCAGCUGGAUGAGGUGGCCUCGCGUGGAGGCCGAGAGGCCCGGGGCUUCCCACGCCCCUGAUGGUUGUCUCCCGAACCGCGUGCUCCUCCGCGAGCUCCUCUGGCACCUGGAGCAGAGGGAGUGCCUGCUCCGCGAGGAGGCCUGGCAUCUGUACCUCUCGAGGGGCGCCCAGGGGUACCGCUGGCCGCCCCCUCGCUCUAUGCCGCGCCCGCUGAUGCCCAGCUCAGAGAGGCGGCAGCUGGAGCGCUUGUGUGCUCGGGUGCCGCCCUCCCACACUGCCGCUGUGCUAUCCAGGUUCCGUGAGGUGUUGGCCACCAACGAGUUCUUGCCUUGGGAGCUGGUGUGCGUCUUCAAGCAGGUGCUGCGGGACUUCCUGGUCAGAGAAGAAGAGGAAGUGCUGAGACCACCACCAGCAUCCAUGCCUUCAGCGCACUGCACGGACUACCGGCUCAGUGGCUGCCCGCAGAGAGAGACUUCCAGCCCUCUCACUGGGGCUGAAGGUGGAGACAGACGCCGGGAGGAGAUCCCAACCAUCUCCAGCUACGUGGACCGUCACCUGAGUGCAGUCUGUCCCUACGCCGUCCACCGGGACUGGAGCCUGCCUUACUGUUACUCUUUUCCUUAUGACCGCCCAGAGGCCUACGGCACCACUUUUUAG